GUGAAGGGGUACGUUCUGUGAGUGGCGGUGGGGCUGGUCCCAGUCUGGCUUUAGUCUCCGCUUCUCAGCCGGCGCUUAUGGCGCUUAGUUUCAGGAGAGGCCGGAAGGGCCCCUUUAAACAUAUAGCUCAUGGCCUGGUCCCUGCUGCUACCAUAGCUCCUAAACCUGCAGUUCCCCGCACCCCUCCCCCUCGUAGUCCAAACCCUUCUCCAGAAAGGCCCAGAUCUGCCCUAGCAGCAGCUAUUCUAGUGACAACUUUAACUGGGCGUACCAUUGCUAUUCCCCAGCCUCGUCAACGAUCGCUUUCUGAAAGUGAUACCAGCUGUUUGGAACAAGAGUGUUUUAUUGAGCCCUAUGCCACAGUCACUGAGCUCAAACUGGGGCCCAAUUGGAAGCAUGAUGAUAGUGAAAGAUCUCCUGUGCAAUCGCUGGAAGUGUCAGACAAUCAUUGUGAAGAUGAAGACAUGGACACAUAUCUUUCAGAGACAGAAAAAGAGCCAGAGCACAACUAUCAGAGUACAGCGAAAAGAAAGGAAAGCUUCAGCAAUGAUGCUAUUUAUGCUGUUCCCUACAAAAAUCAAAAGGGAAAGCUUCCAGUAUCUCCUAGUGUUGAUGUUGAUGAGAAUGAAAUUUCUUCCCAUGAAGCUACGUUUCCGAUUUUAGUAGACCAGUCAAAUAUACAAGUGGAAGAAGAUGAACCUCCUGUUUUGAAUGUAAAGGAGCAAAAACUGGCAGUUGAAAAUCCACUAAGCGAAAAGCCUCCACCAUCCCCAGAUGUAUCUGUUCGGGCAAGACAAGGACGGAUGGAUACACCUAAAGAGAAGUUCCAAGAAUUAAAACAAGAAAAUUGGUGUCUAAUCAAUGCAAAUCAGACUAUGGCCCUACAACUUGAGGAACUAAAACAACAAAUAAAGGAACUACAGUUAAAACUUAAGACACUGGAAAAAGAAAAUAAAAAACUUAGAAAAGGUGUAGAGAGUUCACAUAAGGAAGAGGAAGUUGCAGAAUUGCUUUCAUUGAGACAACAAGCCCAGGAACUGGUAGAUGAAAAUGAUGGUUUGAAAAUGACUGUCCAUCGUUUGAAUGUGGAAUUGAGUCGCUAUCAAACCAAAUUCAGACCGUUGUCCCAAGAUGAGAAUAUAAAAAUUGGAGGUUUGCCAACGAAAGGGCCACCACCUCCCUGGCUGCUGGAUAUGAAAUAUUUGUCACCUCUCCUACUGGCAUAUGAAGACAGAAUGCAAGAAAAGGAAGAUUUAAAUCUUGCACAUGAGGAGGACAUGUGGAAGUUUAGGAUACAAGUUGAAGAACUGGUGAAGGAGAAUGAACAACUGCACCAGCAAUUAAAUAAAAAUAGUUCUGUUACCCUGAAGGAAUGGCAGCAGCUGCAAACUCAGGCAAAGCUGGUCUUGGAAGAAAAUGGAGUGUUGAUGGAGCAACUUGAAAUUCAGCAGGCUAAAGCAAAGGAAAGUUACAACCAACAUCUUCAGGAAGUUUUUUUUCCCCCCCAUGAAGUUUCAAAAUUGACCAAACAGCUAAUGGUUUUGGAAGCUAAGAAACAGAGCCAGGAAGAGGAGAUAUCAGAGAAUCAGAAGCAGCUGAAGUCUUUAUGCUCCACAUGUGAAGAACUGAAAGCCAAUCUUAAUGGCAGAGUAACAGCAGAGGAGCAUGUUGCUUUGGUAAAUGCAUUAAGAAGUCAGUUGCAACAGGAACAGGAAAAGCAAAGUGCUGAGCUGGAAGAUCUAAUGGAAAGACUAGCAUCAUUGCAAGCACAGAAAAAGAGCCUACUCUUAGAGAAAAAUGACCUAGUUGCUGACAACAAGAUCCUGGAAGAAGAGCUGAAAAUGGCACAAAAGACAAAUAGGAGAUCACAGAAGAAAAUAGGUCUUCUGAAACAGCAGUUGGAAGAAGCAAUGGAAAAGGAAGUGGUAGCUCAUCAGUACUUAGCAAAUCUUAUUAGCUUGGCAGAGAAUAUAAGUCAGGAACGUGACCAUCUUAUACAUUUGGCCAAAUGCUUGGAAAGUGAGAAGCAUGGAGUUCUGAACAAAAUAAUAGAAGGGAAUGUACGCUUAGGAAGAUUAGAAGAGAAGGUUAGGGUAUACAAAAAGAAAGCUGCUGGGAAGCUUGGAGACAUCAAUCUCAAAAUGACUGAGCAAGAGGAGGAAUUUGCUGGGAAGGCUUCUCAGUACCAGCGUGAAAUGAAGCAUCUCCAGCGGCUGCUGCAAGACAAGCAAGAAACCCUUGAUGAAGUGCUGCAGCAGAAAAGAGAAGUGGAAGGUGAACUUGAAAUAGUUUGGGAAUCUACCUCCAAAGAGAACAGGAGAAUGAAAGAACUCUUGCAUAAAUCUCUGGAGAAGAAUAACAUGUGGAGCACUGUCAGAGUUUAUGAAUCAUAUUUAGAUGAAAUCUCUCAGAAGGACUUUAUUUCUGGAUAUGGUUUUAGCUACUGUGAUGUGAAACCAUCAUCACCCACAAAAAAUCAAAGUAAACAGGAACCUCUGUGUUAAGGACAAAGGUGCCUCUACGUCUCACACAAGAAAAGAUGAUCCCAAAGAAACACAACAAGAGCUCUACGUCUGAAUUAGACUCUCCUCAAGCACAAAAUAUGUUCUAACAAAAAAGCAUUUAUGCUCUUUGAUACUGAUAUAUACGUUAACUUGAAUUGAUAACAGCAUAUUCUCGCUCUGGUAGAGUUAUAUUUUUAGUAUAGAUUUUAAUAGUAUUGUUGAUGUCCUUUGAUAAAAGGCCAUUGCUAAUCCAGUAGAAAUGUAGUAUAGCACUAGUCAUGACUCUGAAGCCGGCUGUACUUAUCAAAUUAAAGGGAUAAAUAAUUGCAGCUCUUCACAUUCUAAUUGCCAAACUCACAGAGCACAUAAAUCCUCGGGUUACUGUUUCCUAUUCACUUGUUUUAUAGCAGAGACUCUCCUAUAUCAUAAAUAAUGCUUAUGUUUUUGUAUGGUUUAAUUGAAAUGCUAGCAGUUUCAUCUAUAAACAAUCCUAUAUAGUUGUUUAAAUAUCCAAAAUGUGGAGAUUUAAUCAAACCAAAUACAUAGAAAACAUCUGCAAUGUCUAAUCUUUAUUUCAUUGUUUGUAAAGCACUUUAAUAUCCUGAGAUGCAAAGUAUUACUCUUAGGAUCGAUUGCCUACUACCUGGAGAAAGGGAGAGGAAGUGCCAACUGUGUAGGGGAUUUGGGGACAAGGCAGGGGCAAAUUAGUGGCACCACAUCCCCCUACUACCUCACAGAUAUCCAAGUGGGAGUUGGUGCUGUUGGAAUCCAUGGCUGCUUAUAAACAGCUGUAGAGGGACCCAGCCAGCAGCAGCAUGUUUCCUACUGGAGUUGUGCUGCCAAGGGGAUGGAAAGUCAGAAGAAGCAUGAGUCAUCCCCAGGAUUAGGAGGCUUUGCCCUCUGCAAAUUCAACAGCAUCUAAAACCACUUCCCCUUUAGGGGAAAAUUUGCAGGGAACCCCUCAAUUUUUUCUGCUCUAGGUAGACCCCUUCACAGAGUUCUUUGCAGCAGGGGGAAGUCUGUCCCAUUAUUAUGAUACAUUUAUUGUCAUAUUGCACAGCAAUUGCACAUUGUAGUAACCAAAGCUCAAAGUUGGUAUAAAGUGAAGGGUUUUAUUUCACAAUUUAUACAAGUAUGUUUGAUCUUUCUGCAAUUAUUUUAGCUUGCUGCUUAAUUUUAUUACCCUAGCUAAAGAACUGACAACUGUUUGUGAACUGAAAACAAAAAGGUGAAAACAAUGCUUCUUAAAUGUGUAAAUCUACAACAUAUAUAAUCUAUUAUUGCUUGUUGACAGGAACUAAACAGCAAAAAUAAAAUCAGGGAAACAAAGGUCCCUUAAAAAGAACAUGAAAAAGAAAAUGGACUCCAAUUGGUGUGGAUCUGAGAGAGUUCACUUAUGUCCCAGAGUGUUCUACUUCACAUUAAGGGCCUCACUUAGGAAAACAUUGGUAUUCAGGAAGGAGGGCUUAAACAAGGGUUUAAAAAAAGAAAAGAAAAAUGUACAAGCAGCAGAGUUUACAUGCCAAAAUAGAGAUGAACCAUGGACUCCAUGAAGUCCAAUAGCAAAGUCUCUAGUGAUUUUACAUGGAAGGUGCUCAGAUACUAGUGAGGGGUGAACAUAUGGAACACUAAAGGUAUUGUCUUCACUGUCCAAAAAACCCUAGGCAGCAUGUCUGAGAGCCCGAGUCAAGUGACUUGGGCUCAAGCUAUGGGUCUAAAAAUAGCAGUGUAGACACUGCCACUUGGGCUGGAGUUCAGGCUUCUGAGACCCUCUCUGCUUUGCCAGGUUUUAAAGCCUGAGCAGGAAUGUCUACACUGCUAUUUUUAGUCCCAGAGUGUGAUCCUGGUAAGCCCCACUCAGUUGACCUGGCUCUUAAGACUUGCUGCUGCAGGGUUUUUGGUUUUUUGUGCAGCGUAAACAUACCCUAAGAUAGGAUAUGUGCUUUGAGUUCCAUUAAGUCUGUGAGAAUUAAACACAUGCUCGAGUGCUUUCCUGAAUUAGGGUCUAAAGCAUGUGCAAAAUCACUAAAUUGCAGCUGACUUGUUACCAGCUCAAAUAGUUUUAUCUUUACUAUCGCAUUUUUGAGCUUUCAGUUACAAAGAACUCUCCCCCAGACACCUAACUACAAACAGGAUAAUUCUUUAAAAUUCUUAUGUUUUUGGGCUCAAUGGCUGUGACAUAACAGUGAAGUAACAAAAGCCUAAACCUAAUAAGAUCAAGUAAUACACGAGAUGAGGAUUGAGAGAAUGAGCUAAUAAUAUCUAAUAUUUUCAUUUAGACUUUCACUAGAUCUUGUAGCCCAACCACUCCUGUUUCUGUGAGGUCUUGGAGGUGGCUAUUUUAAUUUGAGAGGCAAUACCCACAGUAUCAAUUCAGCUGUUAUACAAAGAACAUUACAGACUAUGUACAUGCAUAAUUCUGCAUCUAAUACAAACUUCAUCAGCAUGCACAAAUGGACAACUUAGACAUGCACAUAUAGUAAUUGUGCAUACAUAUCAGACAGGCACUGUACAUCAGAUUUUUUAAAAUGGGCACCUGAAUUUUCCAUGCACAGCAUGAGUACUCAGGCAAAGAAUAGUAAUUAGGUACCCAAAGUAGAGAUUACACACUUUUCAGGUUUUAAUUACCUGUUUGCACCUGGCUGGACAUUUUAGGUUCCUUCUUUGGAAACCUUGCCCUUCUUGGCUUACAUCUAACAUCGCUGAGAACUACUCUAGUUAUGACUGGUUGGAAACUAGGGGUGGGAUUUUCAAAGUCACUCAGUGUUGGCCUAAUUCUGUUGCCACUGAGGUCAAAGGUAAAAACUCCCUCUGAGCCCGCCCUAGAGACACACUUCCACCUCCCUCCCUUUCCUUUUUUGCGGACUCCUUUCCUCUUUAUAGCUCUCAUUUUAGACCUUUAAAUUUAAGCUUUAUGUACCUUUAUUUAUCUUCACAAAGUAACUUUGUAGCUUACUGAACAUAUUCAUAAAUACUUGCACGACCAAAGGCUGCACUAUAUGUCAAACAUUUCUAAUAUGUAAAAUUUAAUUUAAAAAAUUAUUCUUAGGAGGUUCUCAUCCUGUGAAAUUCUCUCGGAAAUAAAAUUUGCAUUGUAUUAAGGAAACAUAGAAAACAUGAUGGCAUAUUCCCAUGUGGGCCCAAUCCCGCAUUCCGUGCAUACCAAAAGCUCCCAAAGGCACAUGGGAAUUAUGCAUGUAAAGGAUUGGGCCCCCCAAUUGUUUUGAUGGGUAUGUUGAACUACAUAUUUUUAACGUUAGAAAGUAUAUAAUAU